GACCCAGCGGCCCCCCCCGCUCCCCGCCUGCUCCCGGAGGCCACAGCCUCCCGCUCCGCUCGCGCUCUCGCCGCUCCCGCCGCUCCCGCCGGCUCGCCCGGCCCCGCGCUCCGCUGUCUCCUCGCCGCCCGCGCCUCCGCCAGCCCCGGGGACCGCGCGGCCGGAGCCGGAGCCAGGGCACCCUCCCUCGUCAGGGCCGGGGCAGCGAGCAGGCCGGGGGUAGGUCCGAGCACCCACCAUGCGGGGCGAGCUCUGGUUCCUGGUGCUGGUGCUCAGGGAGGCUGCCCGGGCGCUGAGCCCCCAGCCCGGAGCAGGUCACGAUGAGGGCCCAGGCUCUGGAUGGGCUGCCAAGGGGAUCCUGCGGGCCUGGAACCGGAGAGGCCGAGAGAGCCCUGGGCAGGUGUCAGAGCCGGACAGGACCCAGCUGAGCCAGGACCUGGGUGGGGGCGCCCUGGCCAUGGACACGCUGCCAGAUAACAGGACCAGGGUGGUGGAGGACAACCACAGUUAUUAUGUGUCCCGUCUCUAUGGCCCCAGUGAGCCCCGCAGCCGGGAACUGUGGGUAGAUGUGGCCGAGGCCAACCGGAGCCAAGUGAAGAUCCACACAAUACUCUCCAACACCCACCGGCAGGCUUCGAGAGUGGUCUUGUCCUUUGAUUUCCCUUUCUACGGGCAUCUUCUGCGGCAGAUCACCAUAGCAACUGGAGGCUUCAUCUUCAUGGGGGAUGUGAUCCAUCGGAUGCUCACAGCUACUCAGUAUGUGGCGCCCCUGAUGGCCAACUUCAACCCUGGCUACUCCGACAACUCCACAGUUGUGUACUUUGACAAUGGGACAGUCUUUGUGGUUCAGUGGGACCAUGUCUAUCUCCAAGGCUGGGAAGACAGGGGCAGUUUCACCUUCCAGGCAGCUCUGCACCGUGACGGCCGCAUUGUCUUCGGCUAUAAAGAGAUCCCUAUGUCUGUCCCGGAAAUCAGCUCCUCCCAGCAUCCUGUCAAAACCGGCCUAUCGGACGCCUUCAUGAUUCUCAAUCCAUCCCCGGAUGUGCCAGAAUCUCGGCGAAGGAGCAUCUUUGAAUACCACCGCAUAGAGCUGGACCCCAGCAAGAUCACCAGCAUGUCGGCCGUGGAGUUCACCCCAUUGCCAACCUGCCUGCAGCAUAGGAGCUGUGACGCCUGCAUGUCCUCGGACCUGUCCUUCAACUGCAGCUGGUGCCAUGUCCUCCAGAGAUGCUCCAGUGGCUUUGACCGCUAUCGCCAGGAAUGGAUGGACUAUGGCUGUGCACAGGAGGCAGAGGGCAGGACGUGCGAGGACUUCCAGGAUGAGUACCACAACUCGGCCUCCCCUGACACUUCCUUCAGCCCCUAUGAUGGAGACUUCACCACUACCUCCUCCUCCCUCUUCAUCGACAGCCUCACCACAGAAGAUGACACCAAGUUGAAUCCCUAUGCAGGAGGAGAUGGCCUUCAGAACAACCUGUCCCCCAAGACAAAGGGCACCCCUGUGCACCUGGGCACCAUCGUGGGCAUUGUGCUGGCAGUCCUCCUCGUGGCGGCCAUCAUCCUGGCUGGAAUUUACAUCAAUGGCCACCCCACAUCCAACGCUGCGCUCUUCUUCAUUGAGCGUAGACCUCACCACUGGCCAGCCAUGAAGUUUCGCAGCCACCCCGACCAUUCCACCUAUGCAGAGGUGGAGCCCUCGGGCCAUGAGAAGGAGGGCUUCAUGGAGGCUGAGCAGUGCUGAGAACACCAGGUCUCCCUUGUGAAGACUUUGAGACCACAGAAAAGACAGUUAAAGCAAAGAAGAGAAGUGACUUUUCCUGGCCUUUCCCAACAUGCCCUGGGCUGAGAUGAGAUGGUGGUUUAUGGCUCCAGAGCUGCUGCUCGCUUCGUCAGCACGCCCCAGAUAUUGAAGAGGGGGCCAAAAAACAACCACAUGGAUUUUUUAUAGGAACAAUAACCUAAUCUCAUCCUGUUUUGAUGCAAGGGUUCUCUUCUGGGUCUUGUAACCAUGAAACAGCAGAAGAACUAACAUAACUAACUCCAUUUUUGUUUAAGGGGCCUUUACCUAUUCCUGCACCUAGGCUAGGAUAACUUUAGAGCACUGAGAUAAAACGCAAAAACAGCAACCAUGCCAUUUGCAAAACUAACUCUGGGAUUAAAGGGGAAGCAUGUAAACAGCUAACUAUUUUUGUUAAAGAUUUAUAGGAACAAGGAGGUUUGGCUGUUGUCACAUAAGAGACUGUUAGCCAACGACAAAGAAGUUCCGCAAACCUCCCCUGGACCCUUGCUGGUGUCCAGAUGUCUGCGGUUGUCAGCCCCUUCCUUUCCCCCUGACCUAAACAGAAAAGACAAGGCAAAACCCACAUAAUUUUAAGACAGUUCUUUAGGACAUUAGUCCACCAUCUUCUUGGUUUGCUGGCUCUCCGAAAUAAAAUACCUUUCCUUGCUCCAA